ACACACAAACGGCCAAACUGGCCACUUACCAGCAUCACCAACAUAGAAAGAAAGCAGAGCAAGUAAAGCGAACACCUUUAACCCUUUUCUUAUCUUUAGCCUUAACACAGAAACGAAAAGAAAAACAACCCAUCUUUAAGCAAACAGAAAAACCCAACAUACUGAAUCAUCAAAAAAAAUGGGAACUGUUAUAGACUCCCAUUUCUUAGCUCUAACUGCCAUUGUAACUGUGGGAUAUCAGUUAUUUUUCUUUAUAAUCACUGCUCUUCUCAAGUUUGACAAAGUCACUGACUUUGCAGGAAGCACGAAUUUCAUUAUAAUUGCUGUGUUGACUCUGGUAACAAAAGGGUCAUGGCAUUUUCGACAGGUAGUCUUGACUUUACUUGUAGUAAUAUGGGGCCUUCGCUUGGGACUAUUUCUAUUGAUGAGAAUUUUGCAAUGGGGGGAGGACCGGCGUUUUGAUGAAAUGCGCAGUAAUUUGGGGAAAUUAGCAUUUUUCUGGAUAUUUCAGGCUGUCUGGGUGUGGACUGUGAGUUUACCUGUAACAGUGGUUAACGCAAGUGACAGAGAUCCUUCCAUUCAGGCUGAAGACAUUAUAGGGUGGAUUAUGUGGUCAGUGGGUAUCUCUGUUGAAGCUACAGCUGAUCAGCAAAAACUUUCUUUCAAAAACUCUCCAGAAAACAGAGGAAAGUGGUGCAACAUUGGACUAUGGAAAUAUACUCGUCAUCCAAACUAUUUUGGUGAGAUUUUACUUUGGUGGGGAAUUUUUGUGGCCUCUGCUCCCGUACUUGAAGGUGCUGAAUGGCUUGUAAUUCUUGGGCCAAUCUUUCUGACAUUGCUGCUUCUUUUUGUUAGUGGCAUACCAUUGCUUGAGGAGUCAGCAGACAAGAAGUUUGGUAAUGUGCAUGCAUAUAGGAUUUACAAGAAAACAACUAGCCCUCUUAUUCCAUUGCCGCCAUUCGUAUAUGGAAACCUGCCAUUGUGGUUCAAAGCCGCUUUUCUCUUUGAAUUUCCUUUCUACAGUCGUAAUUUUCCACAGGAAGGGCCAAACUGAAAUGCUGUCAAGACGUCAAAAUCGUCAAAGAGAUGAUCAUGAGAUUAAGAUUGCAGAACUACAUCAUCAAAUUCAAGAAUUACAAGAGCAACUAGCAAGACGUGAUGCUUAAAUCAACAAUAGCUGCCUUAGUGAUGAAGAGAAUGACACCAAGCCGUCUCAUCAAAUUCGUCCUCUGAUGAAGAAGUACCUAUUCGUUGCCUGAGAACUGUUGCUACUAGAUAUUUGAGAAUUAAAAUCGACAUUCUUGAGUUUGAAGAAAGAUUUUAUCUUGAUUUCCUUGAUUGGCUCUACACAAUGAAAAGAGUUUUCGAGCUCAAA